UUAUAAAGGGUCGGUUUCGAUGGACUGAAGCCCAAGGUCCAGCUAUUCUUAGAGCGUAUAACGCUAGGAUUUCAAAUUGGCUUCGUCCUACUUUUAGGCGUGCCCGAACGAGCGGGGUAAAGCCUGGAUGGUGUUCGGAUGAGGUGUGGGCUAACCUCGUCCGUCACUGGUCUUCUGAUCCAAACUUCUUGGCAAGAAGUCAAUCCGGUAAGAAAAACCGGAUGUCCGAGAAAGCCUUAGAAACCCAAUGGCAUGGGGGCCGCAAACCUCAGAGUAGACAUAAAGAAGAUCUUUCGGGGCCUGAGAAGAAGAAGGUCUCAAUUCUCAAGGUCAUCAAGCACUGCUGGACAAAGCACGGCGAUGAGUCCGAUGCCGAUCUGCCACCCCGCCUCGCUGAAAUCGAAUCAAAGUAUAACACAAAUGUUGAGAAGAGGCGGGCAGAAUUAGGCUUGACUCAGGAGGAUGAGAUUGAUUCUGAUGUGGAGGAUGAUGCCAUCUUUGAGGCAGUUGGGGUGUACAAGGGCCGGGUCCCGUGCAUGGGGGCUGAGGGGCAACGGAUCUUGUACGACCGCAGCGGUGCUUCAUCUUCCCGAUCAAGGCGCGGAGAGGAUCCGCGUAUCGCUCAAAUGCAGCGGGAGAUGGAGGAGCAGCAGCGGGCCUUGGCUGAGCAGCAGCGCACCUUGGAGGAGCAACGCAAAAAAGAAGAAGAAACAAGGGCCCGGCUGGAAGAGAUGGAAUGGAUCCUCAGCGCCGGAAUUCAGAAUCAGCAUCAGCCUCAGCCGUAUGUACUGCAGCCUGAGCAGACACCUCAAGUUCAUAUGGGCGGUUAUUUCCGUACCAACUCUGCUACCGGGUUGCCUUCAUUUGGUUCUAUUCAGGAUAUCAAUUUUCACAACCUGUUUCAAACAUCUGGAGGCAGCCAAGCAGGUGGCAGUCGCGGAGGUGGCAGUCGCGGAGGAGGCAGUCGCGGUGGCAAUCGAGAAGGCCAAGCUGGAGACAACCGAGAAGAUGAGACC